UUCGAUAAUUGAUGAUUUUGUCGUGUACAGUCGAGACCGGCUUAAAUCCUCCCAAUAGAGCUUAUAAUUGCGAUGUCUUGUUCUUCGCCUUCUGUGGUUAUUAUCUUGCUGUUGUAUUUUUGAUCGAUUAUUGGCAAACUAAGAUUUGCAUUUGACCGGGCGCUAAAUCCUAUCACAAUGUGUUUUAUCCUGAUGCACCGGCGAGGCCCACCGCGGUGGCCACGAGUUAUGCCUCGUGUCGGCCUCGAUGCUCGCUUCCUUAUUCAGGCUGGUUCCUUGCUCGGUUCGUCUGGAAUGCAAAUCCUUAUUGCAUUAGAAAGGGUUGUGGUUGUAUUAGUUGAAUUUCAGGUCAACUUCAGACAUCCAGGCAGGGACUUGAGGUUGUGGUUCCAACCAUGCUCCUGUGUUUGUUAUCCCAACAUUCAAACAUCCUCAGUCGGCAUUAGAGUUUGUCUUGAACCCAUAUGUAUAUAUACCACGCCCACGUUGUAUUCACGCACCUUGCCUGUUUUCCGCUCCUUCCCCUUCUUGUCGUCUUCCCUCUGUCGCUUCAACUUCCUGUCUCCUCUCCUGUGCUCCGUUUUCCUUUCAUUCCCGCCCCUGGUUCUCUCAGCUCUACGUUGCUUCCCGUUCGUAUCUACUUUGUUUUGAUUAAGCGAUAUCUUCAUGUCCCGCUUCGUAGAUCAUUAGCACAACAUUCAGCUCUUAUCUGAUGCUGUCUUGAACCGCGACCACCAACGACCACUACUGUAUUCAGCACCAUCAA